CACACACCAAGUUCAUUUUUUCACGCCAGUUUAAAAAUUCGAUUUUUAAAUAUAUUUUUUUUCAAAAAUAAGCGUUUUUUUUUCGGAAAAAAAGUAUACAGAUAGUAUUAGAAUGACUAAAAGAAUAAUUUAAAAAUGUUUUUGAAAAAUGUGAAAGUUGCCCAUUAUCAAUCAACGCUAUUAUCUAAAAUAGAAUUCUGAAUCUGACGUCACUUACAUAGAAUUCUAUUUAUUGUGAUCGGCUGUUUUCGUUCGCAGAUUCUAAACAACCAUUCCGCAUUCCUCGAGUGAACGGCUUCACCGAAUGGACGCUGCGGUCGCUGCGUCGCAGCUGUCUAAUUUUCAUAUAAAGGAAGAUAAAAUAUAAAAUAAAGGAAUUUAUUUUCAUUUGUCAAUUUUUUGUUUAAAUAGGUCAAAGGAUUCGUCAGAAAUAUAAGGCACAAUGGCCAGAGGACAACAAAAGGUUCAAUCACAACAAAAAGCUGCAGAAAAGGCUGCUAAACUCAAAAAGCAACAAGGACAUAGUGCUACUGAUCAGAAAAAGGCUGCUCAAAAAGCUUUAGUACAUGCUUGUGCUAUUUGUAAGGCACAAAUGCCUGAUCCCAAGACCUAUAAACAACAUUUUGAGAAUAAGCACCCUAAGAAUGAUAUGCCACCAGAACUAAAAGAUGAGUGAAAGCAGAGAACUUGGUCUCUUCCAAUGAAUUUUUAACACAGAUAGAGGAAAUAUCAAAAACUACAUUAAGUUGUGUUGACAACAUCCUUUCUUGCUAGAGGGGAUGAUGCAAAUGUAUAUGUUCACUUCUUUCUUAAGCCCGCAUUACAUUUGUGUAGAUCUUCAUGUAUUUGUGCAUGAAAAAUUACAUGAAUGUGAAGCGGAAAUAUUAGCUGUUCAUUUGACCUAAAUGUAAUAGGUACCUACAUGUAUAAAUAAAUGCAAUAGAACUUGUUCUAUUUUCUGAGUAUUUCAUUGAUACCAACCGACGAUUCUAACCUAACUUUUUUCAAUUAUGGCGGUUUCUGCCUGCCAAUCAAAUUAUUUUGUAAAUGUGUUGAAUCUUGGCAAACACUAGGUGUAUAAAGUGUUUGUUCCAACCCAGCAGGAAACCGUACAUUUUACCGUCAAGAUUCUGCAACAUAAAAUUUGUGCGUAGAAUCCGAAAUUCGUAUACAGAGUGGUUCAGAAAUCGUUCUUGGGAUGGUUUUUUGGCGGUUUGGAACAGACCUCCUAUAAAUAAAAACAAUUUUACAUGUUUAUGCACAUUAUUUAUUUGUGUUUUUUUUUUUGGGAGAGGUUGGUACCAUUGAAAUUUCGCGCAUUUAUGGAAUCGAAUGUAAAACAGUUGAUCUUGUGCAGAAAUUCAUGAAUGGAUACAUAUAUAAAAUAAAUACAUGCACAUGAAAAUGUAAUUUUGCUUCGUUCACACUUAUCAGCAAAGUACUACUUGCCUUAUGUAGAUCUCAUUGUACCUAUCCAGUUUAGGUUAGUUUGGUUAGACCAUUUUUUUGCUUUUGUAAUCAUUUUGGCUAAGUUAACAAACCGAACAAAUCAUUUCUAAAUGUUUAUGGAUUUAUGGAAAAAGGAAAAGCAUUUUUUUUUUUAAUUUUUGGAGUGCCAUUAUUAUUCAAUUUCACAUAUUUUGAAAUACAAAACUAAAGCAGCUACAGUACUUGAAACUAUUUUUUUUCCUACUAAUGAGCAGUAAGUAAAUUGGGAAAUACAUACAAUAAUGACUAAUAGGUCAAUUCUGCGCACAUCUGUAAGCAAAUCUAUAAAUUUCUAUAGGCCUACAGACACUGCAAAAGGCUUCGAUUGUCAAACAGCCCAUCCGAAAUAUUUACAAUCCUAUAAGAUAUUCUGUAAUCUACAGGAAGUGCAUAAUUGCAAAUUGUCUAUAGGCUUAUAAAAAUUUAUAGAUUUGCUUACAGAUAUGCACAGAAUUGACACAAUAAUCAAGUUUACUGGUGCCAAAUUUUUUUCGGCAGUGGACUUGCUAAGUGUAAACGAAGCUUCAAAUGUGAAGCCAGGAAUGUGGUCAACACUUUAGUCUAGGAGGCAUCUUUGCAACUGAGGUUAGCUGGUUCUAUGCAUAAUACAGUACGAUGUCAGAUCCCCUGAAUGCAAGGCUAACACACUACACAAAGGAAAGCAUAUCUCCAUAAAACCUGUUUAGUGCACAUAUCAAGCCCCCUCACCAUGACAAAGUACCAGUGAUGACGUAGUCAACAUGUCGUUUUUUGCCUUGACUCAUGGUGUUUGCACCUGAGGCUAUGAUUCCGCUAGCUUUUACUUUAUGCAUACUGUUUAGUCCCUAAAUUAACAAUCUAAAACAAACUUCUUUGAGAUCUGGUUUGCAUAUUCAUCUUUGUUAUGUUAAUCAAAAUAAUCAAAUCAAAUUUAUAUUUUAAACUCUGACUACUAGCGCAAACAGCUGAUGAUCCUCGUGUAGUGUGUUACUCUUGCUCUGAACUCCAAUUAUCCAUGCUCUGACUAUUAGGAAUCGCCAAUUCUGCAGAUCGAAUCCGAGUCCUAAAAGCACACUUUAGACAAACUUUAAAAUAAAAAUUGCGAUGUACAAGGUACAAAAUAUAAAAACAUUAUAUGUGGUCACUAAAAAUAUGUAAUAUCGAAAUUUCCGCCUGUGGCGCUAUUAGGAAAGGACAGAUUAUAAAUCUUCUACUGGAUAUAAGAACUCCAACUCGGGUCGAAAAAAAUUCCCAAUCCGGCCCUGCCUCCACUCCUAAUUAAUCUGGGUAAUUGGAGUUCCACUGUAUCUUUACUUGGUCAGAUGGUAUUUCCCUGGCUUCACCUUUUUUUACCCGCUAUGUGUUAACUUUAUAUAGGUACAUUUUUCUGAUAGGCUUACAGUUGCUGAUAACUUUCUUAUGUGAUAUAUAUAUUAUAUAAUAAUGUCGAUGUAGUGCAACUUUAGUUAGUUUGAUGCAUUUUUUACUAGUCUUACAGCAGCCUGCAACCACACUCACCACUCAUAGCUAAAGCUUCAUUAACUCGGUCAAUUUGGAUCUGUUGAUCUAUAGAAGUAUACUAUUUUUAUUAUCUCAGUAGAAUGGUGCCUUUAUUGUUAUCAUCAACUUUCACAAUAUCAAUACACCUAUCCCGAAUUAAGAAUACACCUGAGUUUAGUAACUAUUCAGUUGGGGCGUUAGAAAUAGUAUACCUACUUAUUGACCCAUAUAAAAACUUGUUAAAAUGCAAAGCUGCCUCAUGGACUAGAAUUUUUGUUCGCUGUGUCGAGUCUCUGUGUUGAAAAUUCAUUUGUUCCUUAUUGCAAAAUUGACGCUUCAUAUUUCUUUUUCCUAUUAUUUUGCAAUAAGUCCAUUUUAUUUUUAACCAUAUGUGUAAUGUUGACAUUAAUAUCUGUUUGAAAUCUUGAAAAUGACACCUUACUGUCUUUUGUUUCCCUGCUCCAUUGCCUAUCCCCAUUUCCCGUCCUCAUAUUUUCCAUCCAUUUUUCUGGUCUUAUUUUUUUACAAAGGCAAAAAAGUACAUAAUAUUAUUAAUCAAUCAACAAAUUUCAAAUGAAAACACAGAUUCAAAAGUUAUUUAUUUUAAUUCAAUAUUAUAUUUAUGAUGUGGUAGGUUUUCUCAAUUUUUUAUUGAUAAAUAUGACAUAUUACUUAUUAUAAUUAAAAACGAAUUUUUUGGUUUUUUUUUCAAAUAAUUAUGGUUAAAAAUAAGAUAGUGUAGGACUAUCCUCGACAGAAAAUUCAAUUAACGUCUCGAGACAUAUGACCUCUCGAGUGUAAUGGAUAAUUUUCUGUCUCGGACUCUAUACUAUUAUUGAAUGCAGAAUGCAGGUAUUUUUUUUUAUAUAAGUACUUUAAUUUAAUGAAUUUUUUUUUAUUUGUAUAAAUUUGUAAUGUUUUCUUACAUUUAUAAAUAAACUAAAAAGUUGUUUCUUA